AAACCCCCACUAACCCCCUCACACGCUCCCGCCGCCGCAAAACCCUAAACCCCGCCGCCAUGCGCCGCCUCCCGCCCCUCUCCCAGCGCGCAGCGGCCGCCGCAUCCGCGCCCGCAUCCCCAUCCCCAUCCCCAUCCACCUCCACCCCCGACCUCGUCGCGGAGCUCGGCCGCGUCCUCUCCACGCGCCGCUGGAACAAGGGCCGGGCCUACAAGCGCCUGGCGCCCUCCGUCACGCCAGCCCUCGUCGCCGACCUCUUCCGCGCCCCCUCGGCCGCCCCGGACCCGGCCACGGCGCUCGCCUUCUUCGACUGGGUCGCGCGCCGCCAGGGCUUCCGCCACACCGCCGCCUCCCACGCCGCGCUCCUCCACCUCCUCUCGCGCUGGCGCUCCCCCGCGCGCUACGAGCAGCUCGUCUUCUCCAUGUUCGGCUGCUCGCGGAGCGCCGAGGACACGCGCGUCUCCGCCGACGCCUUGCGGGCAAUCUGCCGAACGGGUGCCGCGCGCCACGCGCUGUCCCCGGCCUGCUACAACUUCGCGCUCAGGUCGCUCGCGCGCUUCGACAUGACGGAGGAGAUGGAGAGGGUCUACUCGCAGCUCGUCGGGGACGGGCUGCUGCCGGACACCAAGACGUACAACGCCAUGAUUAAGUCCUACUGCAAGGAGGGUGACCUCCCCAAGGCGCACCGGUACUUCAAGCUGUUGCUGGAGUGUGGGCUGGAGCCGGACACGUUCACAUGUAACGCGCUGGUGCUGGGUUACUGCCGGACGGGCAACCUGAGGCGGGCCUGCUGGCUGUUGCUGAUGAUGCCGCUGGUCGGUUGCCAGAGAAAUGAGUACUCCUACACCAUUUUGAUUCAGGGCCUGUGCGAGGCGCGGCGUGUAAGGGAGGCACUCGUGCUGUUUUUGAUGAUGAGGGGUGAUGGGUGCUCCCCAAAUUCACACACAUACAUGUUCCUGAUCGGCGGCCUAUGUAAGGAGGGCAGGGUUGCUGACGCCAGGAUGUUGCUUGAUGAGAUGUCUCGGGGAGGUGUUGCUCCAAGUGUUAUGACAUAUAAUGCAAUGAUCGUAGGGUACUGUAAGGCAGGAAGGAUGCAGGAUGCAUUGGGGAUUAAGGAGCUGAUGGAAGGAAAUGGGUGCCACCCGAAUGAUUGGACAUACGACACUUUAAUUCAUGGCCUCUGUGAUGGGAAGAUGGAUGAAGCUGAGCAAUUGCUGGAUAGUGCUGUUAAAGGAGGUUUUACACCUACGGUUGUCACAUUCACUAUCCUGAUCGAUGGGUACUGCAAAGCUGAAAGGAUUGAUGAUGCACUCAGGGUGAAAAAUAAUAUGAUGCUGAGUAAGUGUAAACUUGAUAUACAUGUUUAUGGGAAGUUGAUCAAUAGCCUCAUUAAGAAGGAUAGGUUAAAAGAGGCGAAGGAGUUGUUAGCUGAAAUUUCGGCAACUGGUUUGGUUCCAAAUGUGUUCACCUACACAUCUGUAAUUGAUGGCUUUUGCAAGAUUGGGAAGGUUGAUUUCGCACUAGAGGUCUUGAAAAUGAUGGAACACGAUGAUUGCCAGCCAAAUACAUGGACCUACAACUCUCUGAUGUAUGGGUUAAUUCAGGAUAAGAAACUUCACAACGCAAUGGCGCUGAUAACUAAAAUGCAAAAAGAUGGAAUAACUCCCAACGUUAUCACCUAUACCGCUUUGGUUCAAGGCCAGUGCAAUCAGCAUGAAUUUGAUAAUGCUUUCAGGUUACUUGAAAUGAUGGAGCAGAAUGAUCUGACACCCGAUGACCAAUUAUACGGCAUCUUAACUGGUGCACUGUGCAAAGCUGGAAGGGCUGAAGAAGCUUAUUCAUUUCUUGUUAGAAAAGGAGUAGCCCUAACCAAGAUACUCUAUACUAUUUUAAUUGAUGGGUUCAGCAAGGCAGGCAAAAGUGACAUUGCCGCCACCCUCUUAGACAGCAUGAUUGGUGAGGGCUGCACACCAGAUUCGUACACGUAUAGUGUACUGCUGCAUGCUUUAUGCAAAGAAAAGAAGCUGCAGGAAGCUUUGCCGAUACUGGAUCAAAUGACUCAAAGGGGAAUAAAAUGUACCAUUUUUGCCUAUACAACUCUAAUCAACGAAAUGCUCAGAGAAGGGAAGCAUGACCAUGCUAAAAGGAUGUACGAUGAAAUGGUUUCAUCAGGUCACAAGCCAAGUGCAACCACAUAUACUGUAUUCAUUAACUCAUUCUGCAAGGAAGGUCGAGUGGAGGAGGCUGAGAACUUAAUUGUGGAAAUGGAGAGAGAAGGUGUUGCCCGUGAUGCAGUGACCUACAACACAUUCAUUGAUGGCUGUGGGAAUAUGGGAUAUAUUGAUCGUGCAUUUCAUACUCUGAAGCGCAUGAUGGAUGCAUCAUGUGAGCCAGAUUAUGCGACCUACUGCAUUCUGCUCAAGCAUCUUCUAAAAGAGAAUUUUAAUUUCCGUUAUGCAGACACCUCCGGCAUGUGGAACUUCAUAGAGUUGGAUACUGUUUGGCAGUUUCUUGAAAGGAUAUCAAAACAUGGUUUGAAUCCCACAAUAACGACAUACAGUUCUCUCAUUGCAGGAUUCUGCAAAGCCAACCGCAUUGAAGAAUCAUGUAUUCUUUUUUAUCAUAUGUGCAGUAAAGAUAUACCACCUAAUGAAGAGAUAUACAAAUUACUUAUCAAGUGCUGUUGUGAUACCAAGUCCUUUGAGAAGGCCUCUUCAUUUGUGCACAACAUGAUACAACACAGGUUUCAGCCUCAUCUUGAAUCAUACCAGCUUCUUAUACUGGGACUUUGUAACGAGGGAGAAUUUGAGAAGGCUAAAUCACUGUUCUGUGACUUGCUUGAACUGGGCUAUAAUCAUGAUGAAGUUGCAUGGAAAAUUCUAAAUGAUGGUUUGCUCAAAGGUGGUUAUGUUGAUAUAUGUUCUCAGAUGCUGUCUACCAUGGAGAAUAAACACUGUUCCAUAAGUUCUCAGACACAUGCUAUGGUGACCAAUGGCUUGCAUGAGGCAUCUGGCAGUCUGGUUGGUGAACUCCGAGGAGAAGCUCUUUGAGUCAGCUUGACUGAUAUGUUCAUGCUAAUAGAUGGUGUGUUUCAUUGGCCACACAUUUCGUCUGUAACUUUCAGUCCAAUGGAAGACAUGUGCAAUUUUGAUAUUAGCGAGGCACAUGUGCAGGUUGCAUGCAGCACCGCGCUGUACAUAACUGACUUGAGAUGAGCAACAUCCAGUUAGGAUGCCGUUUGAUCAGCUAAACGCCAAUACAUGUUGCUCAAGCUGAUCAGUUUGUCAGAAACAGGAUUAUCGUACCAAUUCAUAUUCAAAUCAAAGGCACUUUCUCGUCAUGCAGUUGGGAGAUAGUCAGUGUCAGGCUCACCCAAACCUAGGGCUUAUGGAGUCUCAUUGCUUGCUUUGCUUUGGGGGUAAUCAAUUAUACCUGUCAUUCUUUGAUUGCCAUAUUUUGGUGGUAUAGAUGCCGUACAGUUCUUUUACAUUGCAGAAGUUUAUUUUUGAAUGAUAUAAACCAGUCUACCUCUAUUACUCCUAUUUAUGUAGUGAUUCUUAUCAGAGCAUUUAGUGUGGUGUGAAAUGACGUAUCAACUUGAAAGAAUUAAACUUAAAAAUUAUUGGAUAGGUACAGACUUACUUUGUAAAAAAUAGAUAUGUAGAUAGACUUGUUUACUACUACCUUUGUCCUCGAAUGUAUGCCACUGUGGGGUGCAUAGAGUCAACCUUUAGAAUUCUUGAUGACUAAUAUGUGCGAAAGUACAAUUUAUUCAUUUUGCAUAAUUAUUUUACGUUGUCCAUGCUUAUUGUUUUCUAUAAAACAUGUUAUGUUCAGAAAUUAUAGUCCCGCAUCGGAGGCUGUAGAAGAACAUCAUACAUUUGUAAAUGAAGUAAGAUUUCUUGUUGUUUAGCUAUGUUUGAUAUACUUUCAAAUCUUGGCCAACAAAGAACAGUGGUUUGGAUUGCAUUUUGCCACAUUGAGACAUCAGACAUCGUCCGUGGUGAGACUUUGACAACACGAAACACGAUAGUUUGUUGCGGUAACACGUUCUACAAGACAGGCACUCAUUUGAACUCAAAUACUCUCUCUCUCUCUCUCUCUCUCUCUCUCUCUCUCUCUCUCUCUCUCUCUCAGAGAUACUUGGCAAAGUGACAACUAGUUCAGUACUUUAAUUCCUAAGAGUAAAUUGCAGCACAAGUUGCAUCUUGACCAUCAACUAGAAAUCUGAAUAUAUGCACGAUUGUAUAGAUUUUCAUUAAGCAUGGUAAAUCAAUAUAUUCCUAGUCUCCUUCCUCUCUGCCCUUGUGGUGCCAGUGGGUCUGCCAUCAUGCCACCUGGUUCCAGGGCUAUCUCAAAUAGGUACGCUGGUUCUGAAGCAUCACCAUUUUUCUAAAUCAAAUAGGUACGAGAGUAUAACUUGAGGUGUUAUUAGUCUAGUGAUGAAAUGCCGUUUAGCUGAUCAAGUGCAAAGAGCACCCUCAAGUGAAAGGUUGGGUUCAGUCAUUGCACUUGGAAAUUGGAAUCUCUGGAUGACUGUGUAACCUACGUGAAGGCUUUACAUUGAUGCCUAAUUCAGAGAUGCCAAGACUUCAUGCUCUUAAUUGGAGUAUCAAUCUAAGGUAUAUCUUCUGUGUUCGUCUGUCACACUGUUCUGUGAUUUCUAGGGAUGUCAAGUGCGGCAUGUUUGCUCCCUUGUGCGGAUCUCUGAUUUUUGGGCUUGCAGAGUAGCUUUUUGAAAAAUCGUGUCUGUUCCCCAUUGAAUUACGAUAGCCUAAUGAUAAUUCCAUAUUAGCCAGAAGACCAAAACAGUAAUGUGGUUGUUGUUUUAACUGUAACUUUACACCCUUAAUACAGGCAUAUGGCUCCAGAGUACUUGCAUGCGUGGGAUCAUAAUGAGAAGAUUUCUGUGUUUUCAUAUGGACUUUUGCUUCUCGAAUUGUCAGCCCAUUCUUGAUCAACUGUAUAGGCAAAACCGCUGAACAACAUGAAAGAGCUAGUGGAUCCUUCUCAUGA